AUGUUAGUAAAAGAUAAAGUGGCAAUUGUGACAGGUUCUGCCAGAGGUAUCGGUUUUGCUAUCGCUCAGGUAUUGGCCGAAGAAGGUGCGAAAGUUGUGAUUUCUGACUUGGCGAUGUCUUCUGGCGAAGAAAGUGCUAAGCAAUUACAAGAAAAAGGGUAUGAGGCCAUCUUCAUACCAUGUGAUAUCUCAAAACGAGAUCAAGUUAAUGACUUGUUUUCUAAGGCUCUAACACACUUCGGCAGUAUCGAUGUACUCGUCAACAAUGCAGGGAUCAAUCGUGAUGGGAUGCUGCAUAAGCUGACUGAUGAUGAUUGGGACAAAGUCAUUGAUAUCAACUUGAAAGGAACAUUUAACUGCAUGCAGGAAGCGGCAAAAUUAAUGCGUGAACAAGGCAGCGGCCGCAUCGUCAAUAUUUCAUCCGCAAGUUGGUUAGGGAACGUUGGGCAAGCGAACUAUGCAGCAUCAAAAGCGGGUGUGAUUGGUUUAACGAAAACCGCUUGCCGCGAGCUGGCGCGUAAAGGCGUCACCGUCAAUGCCAUCUGCCCAGGGUUUAUUGAUACCGAUAUGACCCGAGGUGUACCUGAAAAAGUGUGGGACAUCAUGAUCAGCAAAAUCCCCGCGGGUUUUGCGGGUGACCCUCGGGAUGUUGGGCAAUGUGUCGCGUUCUUGGCGUCAGAUAAAUCAUGA